CAAAAUCCUGGAGGAUCCCUUUUUGAUAGUUCGCCACUCUUUCUUUUAUUCUCUUUCACUUUGCUUACUCUAUAAAUCACUCCAAACCCCACCGCGGUUUCCUCACGCAGUUCAUCAUCUUCAUCACUAAGCUCUGAACUCUCAGUGUUUUCAGAUCUGUAGAGGGAGAAUUUGAGGGAGAAAAAUGGAGGGGAAGGAAGAGGAUGUGAGGUUGGGGGCCAACAAGUUUACAGAGAGGCAACCGAUAGGGACAUCAGCACAGACAGACAAGGACUAUAGGGAGCCUCCACCAGCUCCACUGUUUGAGCCUGGUGAGCUUCAUUCAUGGUCGUUUUGGAGAGCUGGGAUUGCCGAGUUCAUGGCCACCUUCCUCUUCCUCUACAUCACUGUCUUGACUGUUAUGGGUGUUGUCAGGUCCCCCAGCAAGUGUGCCACUGUUGGUAUUCAGGGUAUUGCUUGGGCUUUUGGGGGUAUGAUCUUUGCCCUUGUCUACUGCACUGCUGGUAUCUCAGGAGGACACAUAAACCCAGCGGUGACAUUUGGCCUGCUCUUGGCCAGAAAGCUGUCUCUAACCCGAGCCGUGUUCUACAUGAUCAUGCAAUGCCUGGGCGCCAUCUGUGGCGCAGGUGUGGUGAAGGGGUUCCAGGGACAUCAGUAUGAGGUGUUGGGUGGUGGAGCCAAUGUUGUGGCUGCUGGCUAUUCCAAAGGCGAUGGGCUUGGUGCUGAGAUAGUUGGCACUUUUGUUCUUGUCUACACUGUUUUCUCUGCAACUGAUGCCAAGAGAAAUGCCAGAGACUCACAUGUCCCUAUUUUGGCUCCUCUCCCCAUUGGGUUUGCAGUGUUCUUGGUUCAUCUGGCAACCAUCCCCAUCACCGGAACCGGCAUCAACCCUGCUAGGAGUCUGGGGGCCGCCAUCAUCUACAACAGAGAGCAUGCCUGGGAUGACAUGGUAAGCUCCAUGAUCAGACCCAAUCACUUCUCAUCUCAUCAUUUAUCUGUGAAUCUGCCUUGUAUUGAUUUCAUUCUUUUGUUGUUCCCUUCAGUGGAUUUUCUGGGUUGGACCCUUCAUUGGAGCUGCUCUUGCUGCCUUGUACCACCAGAUAGUAAUCAGAGCCAUCCCAUUCAAGACCAGAGCCUGAGAAAUUCCUCCAUUUUCUGUUUCUUCUUUUAUUUGCUGCUUCUAUCUUCUUCUUCUUGUUCAUCUUCCUCCUCCUGAAUCUGGGUUGAGCUCAGAAUAGAGGUGGGGCUGGUUAUUAUGUGUGUAAGUUAUCUGGGCUGCUUCUAUUACAAUGGGCAGCUUUUGAAUGAAAAGGAAGCUUCCAUCUUUAA